GUUUUAUAUAGCGAAUUUAAUAGGCUUGAAGAGACAAUGAAACAAUACUGGCAACAAGCAUUAUACAGAUGAUAGGAGUUUAUUACUUCAGGAUCGUUUAGAGGAGAGAUCUCUGUUCUCCAUCAGGAUGGCGAAAAGUUUACGCAGCAAGUGGAGGAGGAAGAUGAGGGCAGAGAAGAGAAAGAAGAUUGCCCCCAAAGAGCUAGUACGACUCAAAGCAAUGCUGGGCCUGGGAGAAAAAGGCGAGAUCACCAUGAAAGAUGUAGCCGAGGUCGCCACCGUAGUGCCAGCUGAGAAAGUGAAAGAGAAGCCAAAAGACGUAGAGAUGCAGGAAGACAAUGGGGAUGCUGGAAAGAUGGAUUUGGAUAGUAAGCGCAAUAAAAAGACAAUGCUGGAUGAUCAAGGGCGGUAUCCUGUCUGGAUGAGUCAAAGGCAGGCGAAGAAGUUGAAAGCCAAACGUAUGACUAAAAAGAGCAAACCUAACAGUAAAAAGAAAGGAAUUGCCUGGUAGAUGAACGGAUUUGCCUGUGUAUGGACACCAUUCCUGUAAUAGUUGUACAGGAGCUUUGCUGUGCAUCAUUUUGAUGUGCAAUUUGGACAUUUCCAUGGACUGAUUAUGCAGCCUUGUGCAGACAAAUACUUCACAAUGUUUGCAGUUGUCAAAUGUAAUGACAAUCUAGUAGGCACUGUUUAUGGCUUAUCAUGGAGAAUGUGAGAUGAGAUCAGAAGGGAAUUCAUUGAUUGAAGAGCAUAUUUAAUGAAAUUAUGGGGGAAGAGAGUCUAUGUGAAUACUGUAAGUACUCUGGAUUCAGCAUGCUACCUGGCUGACUCUUUCAAUAAAAUGUAGUCUGUCCCUCUCCGACUAAACGUUUAUUUUUUCACCAUUUGGAUCUGCUUAAAUUUUGAAAUUGUAAAGUUUAAGGAAUUGUUCACCCCAAAAUGAAAAUUCUCUCAUCAUUCACUCACCUCAUACCAUCCCAGAUGUGUAUGACUGACUGACUGACUUCUGCAGAACACAAAUUAAGGUUUAUUUGAAGAAUAUUUCAGCUCUUCAGGUCCUCACAAUGCAAAGUGAAUGGUGGCUAGAACUUUGAAGCUUCAAAAGCACAAAAAGGCAGUAAAUGAUGAGCAUUUUUAUUUUGGGGUGAAUGAUCUCUUGAAAAGUGUGUUUCUAUGCAGACAGAAUUAUUAUGGAUGCGCAUUACUUUUUAUCUUAAUAAAUCCAAUAUACCUCA